AUGGACGUGAAUGGUGAAAAAUCAUUUGUGAAUUCUUCCAGUGUCUCCUUUCCAUCAUCUGUUAUUGAUCAUGAAAUUGAAAUCCUGCUUUCUGAAUGGAACAAGAAUCCAGACAUGCUUUUUAGUAUCCAUCCUGUGGAUGGCUCCUUGCUUGUAUGGCAUGUUGACUGGUUAGAUGAAUAUCAACCUGGCAUGUUUCGCCAAGUGCAGGUAUCCUUUUCAUGUAGAAUUCCUGUAGCAUUUCCCACUGGAGACGCAAACUCCCUCUGUCGAAGUAUAGUGAUGUACGCAAGCACUAAAAAUGUAGACUUGGCCAUCCAGCAGGGCAAACAAAAGCCUGCAUCUAUGGCACGAUCCACCUCUAUGCUCAUUUCUGCUGGGCAAAGUAAAUCAAACAGCUUAAAGCUGAGCAUCUUUACUCCCAAUGUGUUAAUGAUAUCCAAGCAUGCAGAUGGUUCCCUGAAUCAGUGGCAGGUGAGCUUUGCUGAAGAAUCUGCAUUUUCCACUGUGCUCAGCAUUUCACACAAGUCUCGAUACUGCGGCCAUCGGUUUCAUCUGAAUGACCUUGCCUGCCAUUCUGUUCUGCCACUGCUGCUGACCACGUCUCAUCACAAUGCCCUACACCCAACAGAGGAAAAUGGUGAUAUUGGGACACCUAACAAAACACCUUUACAAAAUGGAGAGAGUUUUAUAAACAACAAUGGAGAAGAAGCGUUAGAAAGUUAUCAGGAUCCUAAUGCAGUGUACAGUGAACUUAUCCUUUGGCGAGUUGAUCCUAUCGGACCUCUUUCUUUUUCUGGUGGCGUUUCUGAACUGGCUCGUAUCAAUUCCCUUCACGUUUCUGCCUUCUCCAAUGUUGCUUGGUUGCCCACCCUUAUACCAAGUUAUUGUUUA